GAAAAAAAAAAAAAAAAAACAAAAGAGAGAAAAAAGAAAGAACAAGUAAAAAGCACAGAACAACGGACCAUGAACAACAGCAGGCAGAUCCCGCUCAAUUUAGAGGGAGGAAGAAAACAGGAUUUUAGGGUUUUUCAGCUGGGGAUAAGAAUUUGAUUUCUGUGAAAUUUCUGCGAUUUUCUGGGCGAUUCGUCUCUCUCGUCGAAGAUGAUGAUCUCGAGGGGGCUCUUCGGAUGGUCCCCUCCUCACAUACAGCCGUUGACGCCGGUGUCGGAGGUGUCCGAGCCGCCGGAGUCACCGUCGCCGUACCUUGACGCCAGCGCCGAGACGUCGGGGCAGCCGGUCGAGCCGGAGGAGGAGAUCGAGGAGCCCGAUGAGAUCGAGCCGCCGCCCGCCGCCGUCCCUUUCUCCCGCCUCUUCGCCUGUGCCGACCGCCUCGAUUGGUUCCUCAUGUUCGUCGGAUCCCUCGCUGCCGCCGCCCACGGCGCCGCCCUUGUCGUCUACUUGCACUACUUCGCAAAGAUUAUCCAGGUCCAAUGGAUCGACGGCAAGCUUCCGCUUCAUUACAGCGAUGACCAGCAUCAGAAGUUCAUCGACCUUGCUUUAAUCAUUGUUUACAUUGCUACAGCUGUUUUCUGUGCCGGUUGGAUUGAGGUCUCUUGCUGGAUUUUGACUGGGGAACGUCAGACUGCUGUCAUCAGGUCAAAAUAUGUGCAAGUAUUAUUAAACCAGGAUAUGAGCUUUUUUGAUACUUAUGGGAACAACGGAGAUAUUGUGAGCCAAGUAUUGAGUGACGUGCUGCUUAUUCAAUCUGCUUUGAGUGAAAAAGUUGGAAAUUAUGUUCACAACAUGGCUACAUUUUUCACUGGUCUUGUUAUUGGAUUUGUUAACUGUUGGCAGAUUGCCCUUAUAACAUUAGCCACAGGUCCGUUUAUUGUCGCAGCUGGAGGAAUAUCAAAUAUAUUUCUCCAUAGGCUAGCUGAGAAUAUUCAAGAUGCAUAUGCUGAAGCAGCUAGCAUAGCUGAACAGGCUGUCUCGUAUAUUAGGACAUUGUAUGCAUUUACAAAUGAAACAUUGGCCAAGUACUCUUACGCAACAUCACUACAAGCAACCCUGAGAUAUGGUAUAUUGAUCAGUCUUGUUCAAGGACUUGGACUUGGAUUUACAUAUGGGCUUGCAAUUUGUUCAUGUGCCUUACAACUGUGGGUUGGAAGGAUCCUUGUUGUGCAUGGAAAAGCUCAUGGUGGUGAAAUUGUAACAGCCCUGUUUGCUGUAAUUUUGAGCGGCCUUGGGCUGAAUCAAGCAGCAACAAACUUCUAUUCAUUUGAUCAAGGGCGAAUUGCUGCUUAUAGACUUUUUGAGAUGAUAAGCCGCUCGUCCUCUACAGUUAAUCAAGAGGGAACGACUCUUCCAUCUGUUCAAGGAAAUAUUGAGUUCCGGAAUGUAUAUUUCAGCUAUCUUUCCCGUCCUGAGAUCCCUAUUUUGAGUGGUUUCUACCUCACUGUCCCUGCUAAGAAAGCGGUUGCACUUGUUGGCAGAAAUGGAUCUGGAAAGAGCAGUAUUAUUCCUCUCAUGGAACGGUUUUAUGAUCCUACAUUAGGGGAAGUUCUUUUGGAUGGAGAAAAUAUAAAAAACUUGAAAUUGGAAUGGCUUAGAAGCCAGAUAGGAUUAGUCACACAGGAACCUGCCUUACUGAGUUUGAGUAUAAGAGAUAAUAUUGCUUAUGGGCGGGAUGCUACAUUUGAUCAAAUUGAAGAGGCUGCUAAAAUAGCACAUGCGCAUACAUUUAUUAGCUCCCUUGAGAAAGGAUACGAGACUCAGGUGGGGAGAGCUGGUUUGCCUCUGACAGAAGAGCAAAAGAUAAAACUUUCAAUUGCUAGAGCAGUACUUUUAAAUCCAUCAAUUCUUCUACUUGAUGAGGUUACUGGCGGACUUGAUUUUGAAGCUGAAAGAACUGUCCAAGAGGCUCUGGAUCUCCUAAUGUUGGGUCGCUCAACUAUAAUAAUUGCUCGACGGCUUAGUCUUAUAAGGAAUGCUGAUUACAUAGCUGUAAUGGAGGAGGGUCAACUUGUUGAAAUGGGUACACAUGAUGAGUUGUUGAACCUUGAUGGUCUAUAUGCUGAGCUGCUGAAAUGUGAAGAAGCUGCUAAACUUCCUCGGAGGAUGCCAGUGAGAAAUUACAAGGAGACUGCAGCCUUCCAAAUUGAAAAAGAUUCUUCAGCAAGUCACAGCUUUCAAGAACCAUCAUCUCCGAAAAUGGUCAAAUCACCCUCACUACAGAGGGUUCCUGGAAUAUUUCGGCCAACAGAUGGCACCUUUAACUCACAGGAAUCACCAAAAGUUCGGAGUCCACCAGCAGAGAAAAUAAUGGAAAAUGGGCAGACGUUGGAUGGAGUCGAUAAGGAACCGACGAUAAUAAGGCAGGAUAGUUUUGAAAUGAGACUACCAGAAUUACCCAAAAUUGAUGUCCAUGCUGCACAUCGGCAAACAUCAAAUGGCUCGGAUCCUGAAUCGCCUGUUUCACCUCUUUUGACAUCUGACCCCAAGAAUGAACGGUCCCAUUCACAGACUUUUAGCCGACCACAUAGUCAUUCGGAUGAUAUUCCAACAAAAGUGAAUGAAGCAAAGGACACCCGGAAGGAGGCCCCAUCAUUUUGGAGGCUUGCAGAGCUUAGUUUUGCGGAAUGGCUUUAUGCUGUAUUGGGAAGCAUUGGUGCUGCCAUCUUUGGUUCUUUCAAUCCUCUUCUUGCUUAUGUCAUUGCAUUGAUUGUGACAGCAUACUAUAGAGUUGAUGAAGCCCAUCACUUAAGGAAGGAAGUAGACAAAUGGUGUUUGAUCAUCGCUUGCAUGGGUAUUGUUACAGUUGUUGCCAACUUUUUGCAGCAUUUCUACUUUGGUAUCAUGGGGGAGAAAAUGACCGAACGAGUUAGGAGAAUGAUGUUCUCAGCAAUGCUUCGCAAUGAAGUUGGGUGGUUUGAUGAAGAGGAUAAUAGUGCUGAUACCUUAUCCAUGCGCCUGGCAAAUGACGCUACAUUUGUGCGAGCUGCUUUUAGUAACCGGCUCUCCAUAUUCAUACAGGAUAGUGCUGCUGUUAUUGUGGCUCUUCUUAUUGGGAUGCUGCUACAAUGGCGAUAUGCACUAGUGGCUUUGGCAACUCUACCAUUUCUCACCAUCUCUGCUAUCGCACAGAAAUUAUGGCUUGCUGGAUUUUCACGGGGCAUCCAGGAGAUGCAUAGGAAGGCAUCUUUGGUUCUUGAGGAUGCGGUUAGAAAUAUAUACACUGUUGUAGCGUUCUGUGCUGGUAACAAGGUGAUGGAGCUCUACAGACUACAGCUAAAGAAAAUAUUUACGCAGAGUUUCCUCAAAGGAAUGGCCAUUGGCUUUUUAUUUGGUGUUUCACAGUUUCUUCUUUUUGCUAGCAAUGCCCUUCUCCUCUGGUAUACUGCCUACUCCGUAAAGCAUGGGUACAUGGAGCUGUCGACUGCUCUCAAGGAAUAUAUGGUUUUCUCAUUUGCAACAUUUGCUCUGGUGGAGCCUUUUGGAUUGGCUCCAUACAUACUUAAACGCCGUAAGUCUCUCCUUUCGGUGUUUGAAAUCAUUGAUCGAGUGCCUAAGAUUGACCCAGAUGAUAAUUCAGCAAUGAAGCCACCUAAUGUCUAUGGAAGCAUCGAGUUGAAAAAUGUUGAUUUUUGUUAUCCAACUCGCCCAGAAGUGUUGGUACUCAGUAAUUUUAGUCUAAAAGUCAAUGGAGGACAAACUGUAGCCGUGGUUGGUGUUUCCGGAUCUGGAAAGAGCACUAUAAUUUCCUUGAUCGAGAGAUUUUAUGAUCCUGUUGCAGGUCAGGUGUUACUUGAUGGGCGAGAUUUGAAGCAAUAUAAUUUGCGAUGGUUGAGAAAUCACCUUGGUCUUGUCCAGCAGGAGCCCAUAAUCUUCUCAACAACCAUAAGGGAAAAUAUCAUAUACGCGAGGCAUAAUGCAAGUGAAGCCGAGAUGAAAGAGGCUGCGAGAAUUGCGAACGCCCACCAUUUUAUUAGCAGCUUGCCUCAUGGUUAUGACACACAUGUUGGGAUGAGGGGUGUAGACCUGACUCCUGGACAGAAGCAGAGAAUUGCUAUUGCUCGUGUUGUGCUGAAGAAUGCACCAAUCUUAUUGUUGGAUGAAGCAAGCUCAUCAAUUGAAUCUGAGUCAAGCCGUGUGGUGCAGGAGGCUCUUGAUACGUUGAUCAUGGGGAACAAAACCACCAUUUUGAUAGCUCAUAGAGCUGCAAUGAUGAGGCAUGUUGACAACAUCGUAGUUCUUAAUGGCGGGCGAAUUGUGGAGGAAGGAACUCAUGAUUCUUUGGUGGCGAAGAAUGGUCUAUAUGUUCAGUUGAUGCAACCUCACUUUGGGAAGGGUUUGCGUCAGCAUCGACUUGUAUAAGAUGAGAUUGUGAUCUUUGGACACUGUUUGAUUCAUCUGGGUUCUCAUUCUCUAAUUUUGAAAUGCUGGAAAUACCUCAACCUGGCGGCUUUGUUCUGGAAUUUCAGUUGGUGGGACUUUCCAGAGUGGGCAGAGGAGAAUGAGGUUGGUGACACUUGUAACAAUGUUUAUAAUGGCAGGGUGAGUGGGCAGAAUGCAAAGGCGGCAACGGUAGCUUUUAGUGUUCAAAAUGUAGGGUUUAGAAAGUAGGGUUUUGGAGUUUGGUUCGCUUUGAGGCUCUACACUCAGGGCUGGAUGCUUAUUCUUUAGGAGACGGGCAUCUUUCGGGUGCGGUUGUGCUUAGUCUCCAUGGUAUAUUGAUUUAUUUUUCAACCAGAAAAUGAGGUGGAAUUAAUUAAUUAUAGUUCUUCUAGUGAGGUGUGUUUCUAAUGAACGUUUGACUUUGCUCCCCCAGCAGUUUGGAUGAAUUUAAUUCUUGUGUAAGAUUUUCUUCCCUUUGUGAAAACCGUUUAAAAUUAGGAGGAACAGAAAAGCCGUUGUAACUUUUGUAAAUAUAUACAAGAUUUAAUGCUAUCAUUUUUGCAUA